AUGCGGUUGUUUCCUUUGAGCUCAAGCCCGACCUCAACCUCGACCUCGAGCACAGAAAGGGAGAAGACUGAUCGGAAAAAAAAUCGCGCCCUUUUGUACCUCAAUGUCUACGAUCUCACGCCUGUAAAUAACUACCUUUACUGGUUUGGAUUUGGGAUCUUCCACUCCGGCAUCGAAGUUCAUGGCUUGGAGUAUGGAUUUGGAGCCCAUGAGUAUCCUAGCAGUGGGGUUUUUGAGGUGGAACCAAGAAGUUGUCCUGGCUUCAUCUUCAGAAGGUCAGUCCUGUUGGGCAGCACUGAUAUGUCUCGCUCAGAAUUGCGGUCAUUUAUGGAGCACCUUUCUGGAAAGUAUCAUGGUGAUACUUAUCAUUUAAUCGCCAAGAAUUGCAAUCAUUUUACUGAUGAGGUCUGUAUGCGGCUAACUGGAAAGCCUAUACCAGGAUGGGUAAAUCGGCUGGCCAAAGUAGGUUCUUUCUGUAACUGUCUUCUGCCAGAAAGCAUUCAAAUUGCAGCAGUGAGACAUCUUCCUGACCAUCCUGCAUAUUCUGGUGAGGAUGAUGAUGACGACGGAUCAGAAUCCAUCGCAUCAUCUGGAACAGAAGGAAGUGAAGAGGGGCCAAAUCAUCAUCUGCUGACUACACCAGCAGGUGAUGUAGCUUUCCUGAAGGAAAAACCCGUGAGGUUAGCAAGGGAACAGUAA